GUCACGUGACCCUGACGUCAGUCCACAGCGCUGCGAAAAAACCCGACGAAAACAAGUCCUUAAGACGAACAAACUUGAACAGCCGCGUACGUCGGAACACGGAACUUUACGAGUCUUUGUUUUGCUUUUCGCUCACAAAGAGCAGCUGUAUUGCCCUUGUGCCCUCAAGAUAGACUGGCGCCGGUUUCCCGCACCGCUCUUAUUUUGCAGCUAAAGUUAGCUUGGAGCUAGCUGACACGGUUGGUUGUUUACGCCAUUUCCUUGUUGACAAACAUGACUCACAUCGGCGGCGUCCUGGGAUUCGCCCUACAUCUUAUUUUUGUCCUGCAACAAAGCUUGGCUACCGUCGCCCCGCCAACCACUGACGCUCCUCACAAGAACCUCGGCAGACCCGAAAGGGGACUGUACCAAGUGACCGGAACCAAUGACACUGUGUGCUUGCUGGCCUACAUGGGCCUCCAGUUCAACAUCAGCUUUACCUCUGCCUCCUUGAACAAGACGGUGCAAGAAGUCGUCAACCUUCAGCCCAACUUGACAAAGACUUCCGGGUCUUGUGGCGCAGACCGUGCCUCCCUGCGGCUGUCGCUGGACGCAGAUAAAACCAACCUGACCUUUUUCUUCACUCUGAACACUACAUCCAAUAAGUACCAUCUGAGUGAAAUUUCCCUGAAUGCCACCUGGCCGGACAUGAAAGAGCCCUUCUCAGUCCGUAAUGCCACCCUGGACUACCUUCGAGGCACCCAGGGUUUCUCCUACAUGUGCCGCGAGGAGCAAACCCUCGCUGUGGUCCCACAAUUGUCCAUCAACACCUUCCAGUUGCAGGUGCAGCCCUUCAACGUCACCAAGAACCAGUUUGGCGCAGCCGAGGAAUGCAAUCUGGACAAGGAGGACAUGUUGAUCGCCAUCGUUGUUGGAGCCGCUCUGGCCGGCCUGGUGCUUAUCGUGCUGGUGGCCUAUCUCAUCGGCAGGAGGAGGAGCCACGCCGGCUAUCAGACCAUCUGAGGUGGCGUCCCCUUACAUGUCCUCUCCUCUUCCUCCUCUGACUUUGAUUACUGUUAUAUUAUAACACUCCUCAUAUCUCUGCUCUUGUAUGCUUCCCACUCCCAAAUUCCUUCUUUAAAAUUGAUCUUGGGGGUAGACAUUUUUCUUCAUAACAAAAAAUGCAGAAAGAUGGUGAUGAAAGUGCUUUUUGUUUGAGCAAAGCAAAUGACAAAUCCUCAUUGUUGUUCUGCUAUUUAUGAUCUGUAAAGGGAAUUGGUGGAAUUUAAGGGAUUUUUUUGUUUUGUUUUGCUGGUUUUAAUUUAAGGGAAAUAAUGUGUUCAUUGCACUUAAUUUAGUUACGCAAAUAUGUUAGCGGUUUGUUUGGGUUUUUGGUCCAUCCUGCCGCUCAUGAUUGUCUCAGGAACACCCGGUGGAAAUGUUGUUACAUUACGCAAACAUGCACUGAUGGGGGGCUUAUUUUUAAAAGUUUUAAUGUUAGUCACCUCACAAAAACACUACUGUCACCACUGCAAUGGUUACAAUAAAGCUCCGCACCAUACUUUGUCAGUUCUGAUAUAGCAUCACAAAACACUGUCGGUUUCAUUAAAGUGGCACAAUUUAUGACAGUGGCUUUAAUAAGAUGCCAGGGCUUAGUAUGCGGGUUCUAAAAAGGCGGCACAAGGUUCUACGCUGGUUUUGAUAACUAGGUAUGCGGAACACUUUGUUGGUUCUUAUAAAGCAGCACAACUCAGCUGUCGUUUCCAGAAAAUUGGAACAACUUUUGACACUGGUUCUAAUAAGAUGCCACAGCUUGGUUCACCAGUUCUGAUAAGGCGCCACAAGGUACUAUGACCAGGCUGAACCCCACAACUUGGUAUGCCGUUUCUGAUAAUAAAUGUGCUUAGUUCUGAAAGCAUUACAACUCACCUAUAUAGAUCCCAAAAAAGUGGAACAACUUUGGAUGCUUGUGCUGAUAAAAUGCCACAGCUUAUUACACAAGUUUUGAUCAGGCGUCAGAACUCACUUCACCUGUUAGGAUAAAGCGCCGCAACUAGUUAUGCCAGUUCUGACUAACAUAUACUCUGUUGGUGGUUCUGAUAAAGAAUCAGAACUCACCUGUUGUUUCAAAUAAAGUAGAAGAACUUUGUAGACUGGUUCUGAUAAAAUAUCACAGCUUGGAACGGCAGUUUUUGAUCACCGAUAAAACAAUUUGGUACACUGGUUGCACGAUAAAGCUUCAGAAGUUACUUUGUCGGUUCUGUUAAAUCCCCACAACGUACUCUGCUGUUUUCCGAUAAAGCGGUCCAACUUACUGCAGUUUUCAGCCCACAUGUUCAACAACCACGAUAAUGUUAGCCUAGUUUUGCACAAAGCAUGUUGUUGCUGCCUCAUGUUGUGAAAGUUUUUUGUUACCACUUGAUGAUGCUUUUCCUUUCAAAACAACCCUUGAAGUGGCUAAAAAUGCCAUGGUCAGUGUUUUUCUGUUUAAUCAGUGCCUUUUCCUGCCUGCUGCAACAAACAGAUGAUAUAGGCGUACCUGCUCGGUUCAUUUAUGGAAGGUGUUGUGUGUCCAGCGUUGCUCCUUUUACGGAGCUUGAUGUAUUAAACACGCGUCUUUAACGUUAAGAAAGUGAAGUUUUCAUAUAACCUCCCUUCUCAUCUAAAUCAUUGUUUGGGGACUUUAUUUUGUGUGCUUUUAUUGUAUUAUGAGAUUUUUUUAAAUGACGAUCAAUAAAGUGUUUCAAAAGUUA